ACGCAGGAGAGAAAAAAGCGCAAUGAUCCAUCGAACUGAAGGCUUUGCCCUUUCUUAAUUACGUCGUGUCCAGCAUCGUUUUUUUCCUUUUCCCCCCUCCCCCCUUCACUGUCUACCUUUUUUUUUUCUUUUUUCGAGACUUUGUGAAGUGCUAAUUAGCUCUCUGAGAAUAAAACCAGCUGAUUUGGAUCGGACCAGUGCAUUUCGGAGCGAGAUGGCUAACGGGACGGUCGUGGCGCUCCUUCUCAGCUUCCUGCUCCUCACACUGCUGCAGCCUUCCCUGCAGGGAGGAGUGUAUUUGCCUGCGGGGGUGGGAGCUGGAGGAGUUCCAGGUGGAGGUGUGGUUCCAGGUGCUGGACUUUACCCAGGUGCUGGGGGGGUCCCCUUCAAACCGGCCAAAGCUGCAGGAGGAUAUGGAGCUGGUGUUGGAGGCCUGGGCGCUGGUGGACUUGGUGCUGGACUGGGGGCAGGAGGUCUAGGAGCUGGAGCAGGUGUGAAGCCUCCAAAACCAGGUUAUGGAAGCUUGGGUAUUGGAGGCCUGGGUGGUGGAGGACUCAGACCUGGAGUUGGUUAUGGUGGAUAUGGUGCCGGACUCUAUCCUGGAGGCAUAGCUGGAGGACUGAAACCUGCUAAACCAGGUGUUGGUGUUGGUGGAGUUGGAGUUCCUGGUGGUGGCCUUGGUGCUGGAAAAGGCCUGAAGCCUGGAAAAGGAGGGCCCGGUACUGGAGGGACAGCACUAGGCCCCGGCGCCCCAGCUGGAACUCCAGUUAUUCCUCAGACUGGUCUACCAGGUGUAGGCCCUGGGGGGAAAACUGCAGCAAAAGCAGCAGCAAAGGCAGCAGCAAAGGCAGCAGCAAAGGCAGCGGUGCCAGGUGUGGGAGUACCUGGAGCUUAUCAAGGCGGACUUGUACCUGGACAAGGGUUUGGUGGACGCGGAGUGCUCCCAGGUGUAGCGACAGGAACUGGACUAAAACCAAAAUCAGGUGCUGGUGGCGUCCCAGGUCUGAUGCAGCCGGGAGUUUUUCACGGAUACCCUCUCAAAUCUCCCAAAGCUCCAGGUGGCGUUCCUUACACUGGUGGCAAACUUCCGUAUGGUUAUGGUGGCUUUGGUGGUGGUGGGGGCCUCCCGGGGGGCAAAGGAGGAGCUGGUACUAAACCAGGCUACCCCACAGGCACCGGUGUGGGGACAUUAGGUGUUUCAGCUGCACAGGCCAAAGCUGCUAAGUAUGGUGCUGGAGCUGGUUUAGGUGGAGUUGGAACUGUUCCAGGAGCGGGUGGGCUUUACCCCGGAGUUGGAGGUUUAGGAGGUCUUACACCAGCUCAGGCCAAGGCAGCUAAAUACGGUGCUGCAGCUGGUGUUGGUGGUGUUGGUGGAGUACCAGGAGCUGGAGGAGUUCUCCCUGGAACAGGAGGUGUAGGAGGUCUCACUCCUGCUCAAGCAAAAGCUGCUAAAUAUGGAGCUGGUUUAGGUGGAGCAGGCCUGGGAGGUGCAGGUCAAGUUCCAGGAGUUGGGCUUUACCCUGGAGUAGGAGGUAUAGGAGCACUCACACCUGCUCAGGCCAAGGCAGCCAAAUAUGGUGCUGCUGCUGGGUUAGUACCUGGAGCUGGUGCUGGGUUGGUUCCUGGAGCUGGUGCUGGGUUGGUACCUGGAGCUGGUGCUGGGUUGGUACCUGGAGCUGGUGCUGGGUUGUUACCAGGAGCUGGAGCUUUCCCUGGAGCAGGCUAUGCUGCUGCAAAAGCUGCGAAAUAUGGUCCAGGUGGAGUGUUGGGUGGAGCUGGUGGCAUUCCAGGAACAUUACCAGGCGCUGGAGUAUAUCCUGGUGGAGUUCCCAAGUACGGAGUACCCGGAGCAGGUGCGAUUCCAGGCAUUGGAAGCCUGGGAGUGCCGGGAGCGGUGCCGGGCGCUGGAGGAUAUCCUGCUGGUGCUAAGGCGCUUAAAUAUGGUCCUGGUGGUUACGGGGUUCCUGGGGGAGGUGCUGUACCUGGUGCUGGGCUUCCAAUAGCUGGAGGAUACGGCACCGGUGUGAAACCCCCUAAAGCUGCUGUUCCAGGUGGUGUUGGAACUGUGCCUGGUGGUGCUGGAGUUGUUAGAGGAACUGGUGGAAUCCCAGGACAAGCAGUUUAUCCAGGUGGAGUCAAGCCCCCUAAAUAUGGUGCAGGGACUGUUCCAGGAGCAGGAGGAGUGCCGUACCCUGGAACAGGGACAGGAGUUGUACCUGGUGCUGGAGGAUAUCCCGCUGGAGUCAAACCACCCAAAUACGGUCUACCAACCACCGGCCUUGGCGGAACAGGUGUUGCGGCACCUGUAGCGACACCUGGAGUGCCAGACGGAGCUGGAAUUGCCAUUCCAGGUGGCACCGGUGUGCCUUUUGUACCUGUGAAGCCAGCAAAGGUUGGCUCUCUGGAACCUGGUGGAACUGUUCUUCCGGGACCGACGACUAUUGUCACAAAUGGCACGGCCCCUGAGCCCAGUGGAAUAGGAAAAGCUCCAGGAGUGCAGCCUGGCGUUGGCGCUGGAGUCAUUCAGCCAAGUGCUGGAGCUGGUAUUGUCCAGCCUGGCGUUGGUGUGGUGCAGCCUGGUGCCGUUGCUAAACCUCCUAAAACUGGCGGAGUGGGCCCUGCCGGUGUGCUCCCCUACGCUGGCUAUGGACCCGGUACUGGACUUCUGCCAGGAGCCAAGCCACUUAAAGCGCCAGGUGUUGGAGGACCAGGUACCAUUGCUGGAGUAGGACCAGGUGUGAGGUAUCCUACAGGUGUUGGACUUGGAGCUGGUGGUAAAGCACCCAAACCAGGCUAUGGCUCUCUGGGCACCGGAUUUCAACCAGGUGCUGUCGCUCCAGGAGGUUAUGGAGGAUACCCACAGGUUUAUCCAGGAGGAUAUGGAGUCGGGCUGACACCACAGCAAGCUAAAGCAGCCAAAUACAGAGCACUGCAGGGAUUCCUGGGUGGAGGCUACAGAGGCGGAGUUGGAUGCCAAGGCAAAUACUGUGGCAGGAGAAGAAAAUGAGCGAUCUCUUGAGAUGUGAAGUGACCUCAAGAAACAAUGGUGCUACUGCAUGAUCUAGAAUGUACAUUUGAUAUGCAAAGAAAUCCCACCAUGUACAAAUAUGUUUUAUACCUACAGGAAAUAUUUUUGAAAAGAAUCCAAAGGAAAAAAGCCCAGAAAGACGGACAGAGAGAGAAAAAGAGAAAAAAAGAGAGAGAGAGAGAGAGAGAGAUGCUGUUUGAGUGAUGAUGUAGAUCAAAUUUGCAGUCGAUCAUGUGACACAUUCCAACAUGUUGCUGUUUCUUUUUGUAGGUUUGGUUAAACUGGCAGAAAAACAGGUUCAUUAUCUAGGGCGCCUAUUUGUGUUUUCUAAGAUUUCUUUUAGAUACGAUUCUAAAUAAGCCAUAAUAUUUCCGUGAUGGAGAUGUUUGGCAGACCAAAUGCCAAAUACCAUAGGAAUGGUUUGCAUUUAACAUCUGACACUCUUUAUUCUGGGUGAUAAAUGUGCACAAAUAAAAAAAAAGGAUCUGUUGUUUUUGGGAAUAAAUCAACAUGUGCAAUUUCAAAAUGCUAGUUUAAUCCUAAAAUAUUGGCUCUUUGUUGGAUUUGGGGUUUUGAUGCUAUUUCUAACAUGAAAUGGAAGCACUGUUCUGCCCAGUUCAUGAGGACGACCCUGUUUCAGUACCUUUUCUAACAUGUUCUCGCCAAAUUCUGCUCGGCUAGGUUAGCUUCAGUGAGCUAAUUACCCAGCUAGAAAAAACAGCACAGACCAUCAAUCCAUGACUGAUAACCAGCAAAACCAGCUUGUGUUGUGUUUUGGAUGCUGGUAUGAAGGUUAACCAGUAUGACCAUGGUGGGUGACCAGCCAAACCAGCACCAGACCAGCAUAAACCAGCGUAAACCAGCUUAGACCAGCAUGUAAUGCUAUGCAAACUCUGUAAAGCUAUUUUUGAGAAAUAUGAAUAUAACAAACAUUGAUUUUGUGUAUAAUUGCUUUGUCUGUCUAUAAGCUUUGGUUUAAAACCAUCUUUCUUUUGGUUUUUGCUAGCAGUGUAGCAGUGUAAUGAAGUUGUGUCAGCAGCCAUGUAGUAGUUUACUACUAGUUUUUGGUCUGAACUUAGCCAACUGAAUGUUAUAGCUUUGAAAUAUUAAGUAUUUUCAUGUAUUUUAUUGUUAGAGCUUAUAAACAGCUUUGUUUGGCACUUUUGAAAAAGGUAAAGCUACUCAUGUAACCAACUUCACAAGCUAAUACAGUAAUGGAACGUUUUUUAAGGUGGCGCUGGGGAUUCCCCUAAGGACACAUUAGGAUGAGUAUUGAAACAGGCGGAAUGAGUCCAGCCUCAGAUUCACACUCUUUAUUUUUAUCUAAGCAGAGUUUCUUCCAUCUGAAACUAAGCUUGGAUCUUUGCUACUAAAACAGACACUACAUCAUCUCUCAAGCACAUGGAUAAGACCAUAAUCAGGCACAUUUUAGCAACAAAACCCCAAAGAUAAGACAGUUACGCAAAUGGCCUUGAAACUGACCUCACCCACCUUGACCACCUCGGCCUUCGUUCUUGCCAACUCUGUCAAGUAUGAAGAGCUGCUGUGCUCUGAUUAUGUUGACAGCAUGCAAACGUGGAUGAAAGAUUUUAGGGCUUCCCCAGAAAACAGGUCCUCUUUUUGCGCACUUUGGACACAACAUACGGUCUUGUGCAAAAGUUUUGGCACCCCCGGUCAAAUUACUUUUUUUGUAUACGUUAAAAGUUUAUAAGUGGAAAUAAUGUGUCCUUUUACAGGGAAGAAGUUCUGCAAAUUUUAAUUCACGCUCACUAUUUCUUCGCUGAAUUUACCAAAAACCAUAAAUUGAGGCUUGUGCUUUUGCACAUGCAGUUUUAUGUUUUAUGUGGCUGUGUCUUCACUGAAGUUAACAUUAACAAUUUGGAAGCACAUCAAAUAUAAAACCGCUUGUUCAAAUGUUUUUCCACAUUUUUAUGUUUCAUAUUCUCCAAUGUGUUAAAAUUAGCUCCUAAAUAGAACUUGAGCAUGAAAAUAAGCAGAAUUCUGCCAUAUUUAAGUGCGUUCCCUGUACAGCACGUCUUAAAGUAUUUGCAAAUUAGAGAAUUAACAGAAAAAGCAGUUUGACUGGUGUGUUUAAACUUUUGCAUGAGACUGUAUGUGUUUUAAAAAGGAUAGUUGAUGAGAAAUCAUAGUGCUGACUAGUGCUGGCUAAUUUUGAACCUGAAAAAAAAACAUAAAUAAACACGUAUGUCAUCCCUAAAGUCGGGGACCAGGUGCUUUCGUUGCUCGAUGCAGAAAGUUUCUUUAACCGUUUGUUUGAGUUAGCUCUUAUAUAUCAUAUGCUUACAGUAUGUUGGAUCAUUUAACAGCAGGUUAAUUUGCUUUGUUGUUGUUCUGUUUGCACCAUUCGAACUUGACUUUUCUACAUUAUUACCAAGUUUGUACACAUGAUAUGACAAUAACUAUUGUUUUUGUUUUUAUUUUGCUUUCAGUAGCUUAUGCAUUUUAGUCACUGUGGAAAUUUGUAAUACUGUAUAAGAUUUUUUUUUAAAGAUGUGAGCAGCGUGUCAGAGAACGAGUGUGUGCGAGUGUGCGAGUGAUUUUCACCCCCGAAGUGUGCUGAUGGUGCGCGUGUGAGUGUAUUUUAUCUAAUUGACUGAGCUUCUCUGUGUAAGCCUCACUAGCCAAUGUAUUACCCAUCCAAUAUUAAAUGAGUUGUCCUCAGUAAAUCAUUUCUCACCACGUUGGUAAACCGUACUGUUUGGAGUUCAUCGGAAAACGACACUUUAACUGAGCUCUUCCUACCUGGUGCUGUAUUUGAACUGCCUGUGAGCCCGACCAGGUCUUACGAUGUCUGUUGUGCCGUGGGAUUUCCAUCUUAUUUAAUAUAAGGGGUGGGGGUACUGCACUUUUUCCACGACGCACAUCCGACUUUGUUCCCCGGAGAACCCGGCUUUUUAACUGCUUCAGUGAAAACGAAAUAAAAACGUUUCUAAAAGGAAA